AUCAUUUGAAACGAUUUUGGGCUGUUUUUCUUUUUUACAACAAUGCGCUGAACGCGUCGGUGUCACGUUUCAGAUGGAGACAAUACUAAAGUGAGCAGCUACACGUGCAGCAGAUGAGCGUGAGAGAGGACGCAGGCUCCACACAAAGACAAUCAUGGCAGUGAAUGUUCCUGGACUGGCGGCCGUGGUGGUUUUUUACAUCGUCAUCCUGGUUAUUGGGAUCUGGGCAUCUCGAAAGUCCAAGAAAGUGGAGAAAACAUGUGCUGGCACAAAAAGCGAGGUUGCCAUUGUUGGUGGCCGCAACAUCAGUGUCCUGGUCGGGGUUUUCACCAUGACAGCAACAUGGGUUGGUGGAGGUUACAUCUUGGGAACUGCUGAGGCUGUUUAUUCUCCGUCUCAAGGUCUCAUCUGGGCCAUGGGGCCUCCUGCAUAUCUUACCAAUUUUGUUUUGGGAGGAUUGUUUUUUGCAAAACCUAUGAGGUCAAAGCGCUACGUGACAAUGUUAGACCCGUUUCAGCAUCGCUAUGGAAACAUGCUCACUGCAACACUCCUGCUUCCUGCUUUGAUGAGUGAUAUUUUGUGGGUUGCCUGCAUUCUCGCUGCUCUGGGAGGAACGAUGAGCGUCAUUCUUGGUCUUUCAUCUGCUCUCUCGAUCGUUAUCUCGGCAGGUGUCUCCAUCACCUACACAUUUCUAGGGGGAUUCUACUCUGUGGCAUAUACUGACAUCAUCCAGCUGUCCUUCAUCUUUGUCAGCCUGUGGCUCUGUAUUCCUUUUUUGUUACUUAGUCCUGCAGUUGCUGACGUCUCACAUACAAUCAACCUGAACCAAACCAUUGGAACCUCCUGGGUCGGAGAGUUGAAGUUGGAGGAUGCAGGAAAAUGGGCAGAUGAGAUGCUGUUAUUGGCUUUAGGCGGACUGGCCUAUCAAGCUCUAUACCAGAGGAUCCUCUCUGCAGCCUCCUCUACUCAGGCUCAGGUCACCUGCUUCGCUGCUGCUGGAUCUGUUUUUAUUAUGGGAAUCCCCUCAGUUAUCAUUGGAGCAGUGGCUUCGACUGCAGACUGGAACCAGACAGCGUAUGGUCUACCCCCUCCUUUUGAGCGAGGGGAGGCGGGGAAGAUCCUGCCUCUGGCCCUGCAGCACCUCACCCCCACCUGGUUGUCAGUGUUAGGCAUUGGCUCUGUGGCCGCAGCAGUUAUGUCCUCAAUGGACUCUGUGCUGCUGUCCUCAGCAUCCAUGUUUACACAAAACAUAUACAAGACGACUUUGAGGAAGCAGGCCUCGGAGCGGGAGUUGCAGUGGGUGAUCCGUAUCAGCGUGCUGGUGGUUGGCCUGGCAGGAACAGGCCUGGCCUUUGGUGAUGACAGCGUGUUCGGCCUCUGGCUGGUAAGCGGCGACCUCCUCUACUGCGUCCUCUUCCCGCAGCUCAUCUGCGUGCUGCACUGCGGCUUUGCCAACAGUUACGGAGCCUUCAGUGGCUUCACAGUGGGACUGCUGCUGCGUGCGCUGAGUGGGGAGCCGCUGCUGGGGAUCCCCGCUGUCAUCCUGUACCCCGGCUGGAGGGAGGUGGACGGUGUCAUCGUUCAGUACUUUCCCUUCAGGACUCUCGCCAUGCUUGCCUCUUUGACAGGUGUUAUUGCAGUUUCCUGGCUGGUGCAGUUAGGCUUUUAUCACAAACUAAUUCCUCAGUCCUGGGAUUUACUGGGGGCGUUUGAAGAGAAAAAAAAGGCACAGGAGGAGGAAGUACCUGUUCCUUUGGAGGAAAAGAACAACAUCCUUAAUACAAAAUUAUAGUGUUAGUACAAUCUCAGCCAAAGGAUACCUAAACCUUUUUUUAUGCAAAAUUCCUACCAACAUUCUUCUCUGCACAGACUAUUUCCGCACAAUCUUACAUGUACUGUACACUUCACCUUUAAUACUGAUGUAAAUGCUUUGUAUUCACCAAGUUCUGAACAGCAUUAUGUGGAGAGUAUUUCAAAGAGGCAGCUUAUACGUGCUGGCUGUUAGUUUUUGACAGAACAGCUUUAAGGCUACAUCCGCAGACCUCAAGAUUCUGAUGUUAAUUUCAGAAGUCAAACUUUUCCACAUUGUCCCAAAAAAUAGCAUUUUCCUUGUUUGUUUAUCACAAGUAACACAAACAUUUUUGUACUUUUUUAAUGUAGACCCUUCCACUCAAACCUUUUCAGUCAAUUAAUCUCAACCCAGACAGUGUUAUUUAAAUGUUAAUGAAUUGUUGUACUUUUUAAUUAGUUUUUUCUAUUUGCAUUUAUUAAGCAUUGACGGGCAAUGCAACAUCAUUGGUGAUGCAAUACUUGAGGUGUGUUCCUCAGAAACAAAAAAGUCCACCAGUAUGUGCCUGCUGGUAAAAGUGUUUACAAUGAUAUCAUGUUUUCAAGAGAUUAGCAUUGAACUAACAAAUUACAUAAAUAGAAGUGAUAUUUUGUAGAUGUUUUUGUUGAUGGCAGGUGUUCAUAACAAAACCACCUCUGUUUUAUUAUCUUUGAAUCUGAUGUAUUUUUAAUGUGCAUUUGUGUGUAAACGUAAGAACAAACAAACAUAAGCUUAUUGUUAUCUUAAUCACUGUACACAGGGUCGUGUCAAGUGCCACAACUUUUGCAUUUGUGUUUUCCUAUAACAUUAAAUUACACCCCCCUGAAA